CAAAAAGUAAUAAUCUUAACUGAACAUUCCGGAUAGAUUUCGAAAUCUUAAUAGUCACAUUAAAUUUACCAUAAAGUGCAUUCAAUGAAACAUCACCAUGUGCACGUGAAUUUGAAAAUUUUUAUUUUUAGCCUCUGGAGAAUAUAUAAACCGAACGUUAGCUAAUUUAUGGUGGGCAUAGAAGUGUAUUGUGUAAAAUAUACACAGCGUGUUUGAGUAAUUGGAGUAUUUAACAAAAUUUCCUUAUUAUCGACCCCAUUAAAAGUGAAAUUUUCAAUGAACCACAUAAGAAAUGGUCGCAAUAAUCCGUUACGUAAAUAGAAAUGUGAAACUGAAAGUGCAUCCGAUCAAUAAGCAACGUUUUGAAACUAUAACCGUCAACAUUACAUAGCUCGCAUAUAGCACAUAAUUAAUCGGAUUCGGUGAACAACACGGAUAUUUUGAUUCGAUAUUUAUAAACUCAAUCGAUCACCGAUUUCUCGUCACUUUCACGCUACACAAUACGUUUGGAAUUGAGUGAAAGUUUUCGUUUUUUGUUUCUUCUUCUUUGCUUCACAUUGUUUAAAAUAGCCUGCCAGCGAAAAUAGUACAUUUAUAAACAAAUAUGUCAUUCUGUCGAAUUACUGGCAAAUCUCGCGGUUUGCCAAAACCGAACUAUUUUCCGCUGCUUGCACCAAUAUCGCCAGCUGAUGCAAAACGAUUCUGUCGGAUUACUGGUAAGGCGUACGGCCUGCCAUCGCAUCAUUACAUACCGGUUAUAUUGACAACAUUUUCGAAUAAAACGAAAUGUAAAAUUACUCACUCGAAGGAAAAUGGACAGCCGCAUCACUAUCCAGAUGCAAAUUAUGGCAAACGGAAACAUGUGGUGUUGGCUGAUUAUCGCUACGUUUUUCCAAUAUUCGACGAGAGAGACGAACUGCAAAAAGGCCUGAUCGAUUUGCUGAACUCCAAGGAAACGACAAACAACGAAGACUUUGUCUAUCAAGUCGGCGAAAGGAAGUGUAAUCUAGUGUUUCCAGCUAAAUUAGAAGCGGCUGUUCGUGAUGGUGAUGUUCGGGACGUGAUGUUAGCUAAAAAUUCGGAUACAGUUUUGCUAAAAAUGCGUCAAGGCAAAAAUGUCUCGGUUGACUUGCACGAAUAUGACAAGGACAAUGGACAUUUGUACCAAGGUGAAGGUCCAACGUAUGAAGUAUUUCUGCAGCGCGAAAAAGAAGAGAGAGCCAUGCGAAAGAAGAAAAAGCGUAAGGAAAAUCUGUCUCAAAUCACAAAGAUUUUCGAAAGCAAAGAACGUAUUCAAGACGAAGAAGUUUUCCAAGAAUUCGCAAUAAAAGAAGCGAAACGACAGAAGAUGGAGGCCCGAGAAGCGAGCAAGAAAAUGAAUGUAGAAUUUUCAGAAGAGAAACUCGAUGCUAUGAGAUCAAAUUGCAGUGUCUACCUUAAUAGUGGUGAUUGGAGAGAUUUGGUAAAACCUGUAAUUGAGUCAUGGGACUGGGAUACGUACGAGAAAGAAGCGACUGAAUUCGAGGCAAAAAGUGUCCUGACGACAAUUUUACCCACACCACAGAAAAUCGAAGCUCAAAUAAUUGAGGCAAAGGAAAUAGAGGUCGCUAAAGAAACUUUAGAUGGAACAACCGGAUUUGAUUGUGUCCCUUGCAUCGGGCCUCUUACACCGUUCGAUCAGCCGGUUGACGUAAUUGAAAAUGUUAAGCAUUUAACGCCGUUACAGCUUAAGGAAUUGCAAGAUAUUUCCGCAACUAUUUCAAAAGAUCAUGAACUUCUAGAAGCGCUGCCAACACAACAUGAAUUAUCGGAUGUGAUCGGAAAAAUUUCUGAAGGAAAGCCAUCUAUUCUGAAUAAAGUACCCGGACUCACAUUGGACAUCAACAAAGCGAAAAAAGUUUUUCUAACCGGCCAGGUUGUUGCUACACCUACUGGAGACGUUUUCAUUCCUGGUCAAGCAGUAGCUACACCAUCUGGCAUGAAAUAUGUUCCUGGAUUAACAGUUCACACACCAAGUGGACCGUCGUUCAUACCAGGCGUCGUUGUAGAAACACCAAAUUCAAAUUCACCAAAUUUUGUUGCGGGCCAGAUCGUAAACGACGAAUUCAUUUGCGGCCAGACACUUAGCACUCCACAUGAGACCAAAUUCGUUGAAGGUCAAACGGUUUGCACACCAGACGGUUUCAAAUUUGUUCCGGGAGUUGUGAAUCAAGAAAAUGUUUUCGUUCCGGGUCAAAAUAUCCAAACGCCAGAAGGAUUGAAGUUCGUUCCUGGCCAAACAAUGACAGUGGAUGAAGAAGAACAAUUUAUUGCUGGACAAAAUGUAUUCAACGACAAUUGUGGCUGGACUUUCACACCGGGUCAAAUUUUGGAUGAAAAGUUUGUGGCGGGAAAAUCAAUCAUCACUGCGGAAGGAUCGAAAUUUGUUCAAGGUCAAUUCGUUAACGAAGUCUUUGUGCCUGGUAUGACGGUAGAGUCAAGAAAUGGUGCCAAAUUUGUGCCUGGCAUGAAUGUAGAAACGAAGCAGGGAACGAAGUUUGUCGAAGGACAAAUGGUCAAAUCACCACACGGCGAAAUAUUUAUGCCUGGAAAGUCCAUUCUGAACAAAGAUGGAAUAAUUGAGUUUGCAGUGGCUCAAACGGUCAACGAUAUUAGUUUCAACAAACCGAUUAAGAGUGGCUUUGUCAUAGACUCGAACCACAUGGAGAUAACCAAACCCAGUUUGUCCGUGUUCGGUCAUAUGGUCCAAACCAGCAGUGGUAUUGAAUUUUACCCAGACAAAAUAGAUGUUGACCAUCUACCAGCGGGAAAAAUUGUUCCUGGAAAGCUGAUCAAACAGAACGGUGACUCAAAGUUUGUACCGGGAAUAAUGGAAAACGGUGGUUUCAUACCUGGUCAAGUCGUUUGGACGGAGAAAGGAGAACAAUUUAUACCUGGACAGGUUAUUGAAACGAAAGAAGGAUUGAAAUUUGUUCCCGGACAAGUGAUUGAAACGAAAUCAGGAAGUAAGUUUGUGCCUGGGCAAUCUGUACAAACGGCUGACGGUGUGCGCUUCGUGCCUGGCCAAAUCCUACAUACAAAAGCGGGUCCUACAUUUAUUCCAGGACAAGUUAUUUAUACAGAGGAAGAAGGAGAACGUUUCGUACCUGGUCAAGUUGUCGAUACUGACGACGGGCCACGAUUCGUGCCAGGUAGAGUUGUGGAAAACGGUGAUAAAGUUACAUUUAUUCCUGGACAAAUGGUUCAAACAGAUGAAGGACCUCGAUAUGUAGCACCAGAUCUCAGUGACAUAGAAGGUGAACAACAGUUUUCUGUCCAAAGCUUCCUAGUAACACCGGAAGAAUUAACACUGUUGAAACCUUCGCAUACUUGGACAAAAUCGGCUGAGUCGAAAGGUGAACUAAGCAUCGACUCGAAAAUGCUGAGACAACUUUCGGAAGCAGGUAUGACUAUUGGGCGACAGAUUGAAGCAUCCGCUGUUGAUAUUGUCCUUCAGAGCACUUUAGAUAAAGAAACCGUACGAAAACUUGCCGAGAAAUUAAAUAUUUCCUCGAAUGAAUCAGGUGCAUUAGAGAAAUUGUUCGAAAUUAUAAAGAAUGUUGCAGCCGUCACAACAGAAAAGUCUCGAAACAGUACCCUGUCAGGUGGAAUGGUAAAUGGCCAUGCUAAAUAUAACUCAGAAAAUUGUUUUAACAACAAUAAUUAUAAAGAAGAGACAAUGCAUCUUGCUGAUGUGGUGGCAUCAACGAUCUUGGCUGUCAUAACAUCAAAUGAAUUAUGGUCUAAAAAUAAAGCCAAACCGAACAAUUCAUCACUUUAUGAAUUAAUUAGUCAAGAGCUUGAAAGUAAACUAGGACACUGUACGAAUAUGUUGCACGUAGAUGCAAUGUCUGAGUCAAUGAUUCGCUUGACCGAGAAAAAGGUUAACGAUGUGAUGAAGGAAAUGAAUUUAAUUAACAAAAUUGAAACGCUUAAAUCGUUGCUAUCCAGUGACAAAGUGGAUGAAGUAGCGAUCAUUGAAAAUGUUACACAAGCAUUGGAAUCCGAUCCGGAUAUGGUUCAAUCACUAAGGAUUUUAGCUCAAAGAAAUCCACAAAUAAUUUCGAAUAUUCGAAAGCAUUUGCACAUAGCUCACUGUGAGACGAGUAUGGAGGAAUCUGAACUAGUCAAAGCUGUUGAACGGGCAGUUAUAGAUGCUGUGAGAGAAUCAGGUGACAAUAUAAUAUUCGACUUAUUUGCUAAUGACCAGCAAGAUGCUCUUCUGAAUAAGACAUUAGCGUUGUCGAAGGCACUUGGUAAGACUGACAUAACAAUAAUUUUGACUGAUGCUCUGAAAGACCCAAAGAAAGGAAAAUUUGUUCUGGAGAAUGCAAGUUCGAUGGAAUUGAUGCAGAGAGUUCUGAUUAUGGAACAAUUAGCGAAUCAAAAUCCCGACCUAAAAUCGUCAUUCGAUGAACUGAUAAAAGAUCCAUGGUCGGCCAGAACCAAUUCUCAAGUACGGGAACUGAUGCGAAAAAGUGCAGUAGUCACAAUCGUCCCCAUCGACAAACCAGAGCUAACCAGCUCUAAUCAAUUUCCCACCGCCUAUUUACAUUCAGACAAUCAACUUGCCGUCGAAGACUACCUGCUCCGGCAAACAAAAUCUCGCGGUGCGUUCCUCAUUGUCAAAGAUGGCAUACAAGCUGUGGUACCGCGCGAAUCGAGCCGUGACGUGUUAACCGGAAAGUGUUCCUACACCGUACUCGACGAGAAUGGCAUACGCCACUUCGAACCGUUACAUGUGUUCUCGGCACUAAAAUUAAAUACACCUUCAACGGCCCAUCGGUUUUCUAUUUAUUCAUGUGAUGUGGCAAAUAGUGAUGAUUUGGAAAUAGAAAGUAUGUUGACAUCGACAUGUAGUACAUUGAGUACUGACAUUCGGUUAACAUCAACGGCAAACAAUGUUGUAGUGAAGAAAAACGUUGAGAAUAAUACAGACAACACGGAUAUGUAUAAGAAAAGGCGAAUGAUCGAACAGUACGUUAAGCAACACAAGGUCAACGACAUACUGGUCGUCAAUCAAAAUUAUACAUCCGAUGGACCCAAUCAAUUUUCGCUGCGACGUGGUGACCUUGUAGAAGUUUUAGAAUCACCAACAGCCACAACAAACGGAGAACAACAAACGGGCCAACCAAAGUAUGAAAAUGACUUUGAUGCUUUGACCACAAAUUUACUCGACAACAGUGCUGCUAAGCAUAAAAUUUCAGUAAGACCGAAAAAAAAUCACUCGUCCUCUAAUCUUCAUAAAAAUAUUAGUCCGCAAUCACAGUCCGAGUUAAAUACAAACGAAAAAUGGCUAGUUCGGUUAUUCGACGGCAGUGACAACCAUAAGGAAGGCUGGGUCCCAUUAUCGAUACUCGAUGUUCAAAAAUCAGAUUCAGCUAUUUACGGGGACAAGGGUGAUGAUUCUGCUUACAGACGAGAGGCCGUAGUGCGUGAACUGAUUGAAACCGAAGAGGAAUUUGGUCGUGACUUACUAUUGGUGGUCGAGCAUUACUUGAAAAUUCUCGACAAUCCAAAGACACCAAAAAAAGUGUCCGAUAACAAGGACAUCAUUUUUGGAAAUUUCAAACAGAUCGCUGAAUUUCACAACACCGUUUUGAUCGAAGGUGUGAAAUACUAUGCCGAAAAACCGAACAUGAUUGGCAAAACCUUUCUACGUUUGGAGCGAGAUUUUGACAAACAUGUUAGCUACUGCCGAGACGAACCGAAUGCUCAAGACUUUUUGGCUAACAACGACGAAGUUCGAGACUUUUUCGAGGAGUUAUCACAAAAACUUGGUGACGACAAAAGUUUAUCCGAACAUCUGCAACUACCAAUACAACGAAUCAACGACUACCAGCUUCUCCUCAAGGAACUGGUAAAGUAUUCUCUUCGUUUAGGAGAAAACGUAGCUGAUUUACAAAAGGCUUUAGAGUUGAUGCUCAGUGUCCCUCACAGGGCAAUCGAUAAUAAGUUUCUUGCUAGCAUCGAAGGAUAUCGUGGUAAUAUCCAUAAAUUGGGCCGACUUCUAACCCACGAGUGGUGGACAGUAACAGACAAAGAAGGAAAAUCGAAAGAGAGAUACAUUUUCCUAUUCAAAUCACGUUUGCUGGUGUGCAAGGUUCGCCGAAUCUCCGACGAUAGAUCAGUUUUCGUUCUCAAAGAUAUCAUAAAGUUACCCGAAAGUGAUAUUCACGAUCAAGUAAACAGCAACAGCUUUGACAUAAAUAUCAAGGGAUCACAAACGCAACUGAAAUUGACUGCACAUCAAGAAGAAAUCAAGCAACUGUGGUUGAACGAAAUAUCACAGUACGUUAACGAUCCAUUGACACUUCACGAGCACGCUAUCGAUGAUCUUCGCAUAGAUCCAACACAAGUUAAGUCUGACGUAGAAGGAGAAGUUUUUAAGCUUCCACAACGCAUUGCAGCUUACGAAUCAGACGGUACAAAGCCAUCAGAAGUUGCUAAAGAUCACUAUCUUCCGCAUAUUGAAAAGAAACUCGCACAAGCUGAAGAGAAAUCGGCAAAGCCUGAGGAUAAACCCGUUAAGGUUGUCGAAAAAUCUGUAAAAGCUGAAGAGAAGUCUGUGAAGGCUGAAGAGAAGUCUGUGAAGGCUGACGAGAAGUCUGUGACGGUUGCAGAGAAAUCUGUAAAGGCUGAAGAGAAAUCUGUAAAGGCUGAAGAGAAGUCUAUUAAAACUGAACAAAGAUCUAUUCAAUCAACUGACCAAGCAUCUGUAAAAGUAGAAAGUGUAUCCCAAUCAUCGAAAGUUAGUUCAUUCAAGGAGACUACUGUCGUUCAAUCUAGUGGACACACGGCUGUUUCAGUCGAAACUUCUGCUCAGAAAAAGUCCGCUGUAGCUGCUGUUGAAUCAGUAGCCGAUACCAAGACAUCUGAAGUUCUACAUGCUCAACAUACUGAACAAUCAAAGUCAAUAUCAGUUAAGGAAGAAACCGCAUCUAAAAAGACAGAAUCAAAACAAGUAGACAAAGCAGUUGUCGCACAAAAAGAUAAGGUCGAUUCGAACUCGGCAGGUAUCGCACUAAAUUCAAAACUUGAAAGUAAUCCGAAAGCAGAAGUCAAAGGUGCACCGAAACCGCAAUACGAAUUUGUCGAAGCUCCUUCGGAGGAAGAAUGUUCUGAGCGUCCUGAUCGACGCAGUGAACGUGGUAUAUCAGAACAAGCACAAGACAUGUCGGAAUAUUCAUCUCGUUAUUCAUCGCGGUCGUCAAGACGUGAGAAGAAGGUCGAAGUAAGCAGCAGAAAUUACGGUGAAGAUAAUAACUAUGAAAGCAGCUACGGUAGUUCGCGGAAAAGUCGGUAUUCCUCGUCUCGAAAUGAGGAAAAUUUGACCGCGUCGAAUGGAGCAUCCGAAUCUGCAAGUGCUUUCACCAUUUCAACAGGUGUCGUUGCCUUUGGUAAACCCGUUUUUAAGAAAACCGCCAAGGGUGUGAAUAUUGAACCUGGCCAAAAUGCUUCGUUCGAAGUUCAAUUCGAAGAAAAAGCAUCAAGUCUCACGUGGUUGAAGGACAACAAACCAUUAGACGAUCGUCUAGCUGAUCGUUUCUCAACUGAAGAACUGGACGGCAACUACUAUCAACUGAACAUUAAACAUUGCUGUGAAAGCGAUUCUGGAUUGUAUACAGCUAAGGCAGCUAAUGGUUCAGAUACAUCUACAUGCUCAGCUCAACUUAUUGUUGCUGAAAAGACGGCUGAAGAACGUAAAGCUAUUGCCGAACAAAAUACUCCUCACUUUAUCGUUCGACUCAAAGAUACAGAGGUUAUGGAAAAUACUUUCCUCCGGUUCAUGGUUAAGAUUCAAGGAGAACCGCGUCCCAAAGUUGUAUUUACGAAAGACAGCAUUGAAAUCCAAACAGGAGACGCUCACUUCCAAGUUAAUAGCGAAAAAGAUUACCUCGGCUAUUACGAGUUGAUUAUUCCGGAAGUGAAGAAAUCUGAUGCAGGCCAUUACUCUUGUACUGCCAAGAAUAAGUAUGGCAUCGACAAGUGUGAUGGUGUUGUCACUGUAGUUGAAGACAAGCUCAUUUUCGGCGAUAAGAGUGGAAAGAUUCUGCCAGCUGGUGAACAGCCAGAAUUCACAUGGAAACGAAAUGGCGUUGAAUUCGACCCUGAGGAACGCUUCAAAGUGUUGUUGGGCGAUGACGAAGACUCAUUGGCUUUGGUCUUUCAGCAUGUCAAACCGGAAGACGCUGGAAUAUACACAUGCGUCGCACAGACAUGCACAGGUAAUAUAUCGUGCAGCGCUGAGUUGACUGUUCAGGGAGCGGUUCAAACUUUGCUUAGAGAGCCGGAGAAGCCAUCGUUGAUCAUCGAACAUAAGGAAGCUUCGGCUGGCAUUGGUGGAACUGCAAUGUUGGAAUUGCAAUACAAAGGUUAUCCGAAGCCAGAAGUAGUUUGGAAACACGAAGGUGAAACAAUCGAAGCUGGUGGUCGAUACAAAUUCUUGCAUGAGGAUGCCGAAACAAUGUCAUUGGUAAUCAAAGGCGUUACUCCAGAAGAUGCUGGUAUUUAUUCGAUUACCGCCAGCAACGAUCUGGGCGAGGAAGCUUCAGUUAUCAAUCUGAUAGUAAAGAGUCCGCCAAUCAUUAAAAAGGUUAAAGACUAUAAGUCGUUGGUUGGUGAAAAAUUGUACAUGGAAAUUGAAGUUACCGGAAAUCCUGCGCCUGCAGUCAAAGUCCUUAAUAACGGCAAAGAAAUUGUCACCAACGAACGUAUCAAAAUUGUUAAAAGUGAAGAGGUCAGCUCGAAAAUCACUCACACAAUUCAGAUUUCUAGUUCUGAAUUGACGGAUGCUGGAUCAUACUCCGUUAUAGCCAGCAACGAGAUGAGCCAAACAUCUGAAUUUUGGAAUGUAACCGUUAAUUCUGGUCCCAAGAUCAUUAAGAAAUUGGAAAAGGAAUAUGUUCACGGCGAGAAAGAAGACAUUAUUAUGUCAGUUCGCGUGGACUCAUAUCCACUGCCAAAGGUUAAAUGGUUCAAAGAUGGUAAGGAGCUAAGCGACAAAGACUCCAGAAUUCGAAUGAAUGUGGAUGGUAAUGCGUUCAUUUUAACGAUUUCCGGUGCUACACGUACCGAUGCCGGUAGCUACAGCGUUGAAUUUGAAAAUGAGCAUGGCAAAACCAAAGACGAAACAACGGUUCAUGUGAAAUGCUCUCCCGACUUCAGAAAUAAAUUGAAGAACAUUACGGUCAAUGAAGGUGAUACGAAUACGGAACUAGCUUUGACUAUUCAAGGUUAUCCAAGAGCUUCCAUCCAAUGGUUCCUCAACGGUGUUGAAAUCACCGAGAAACGAAAUGAAUUCAAGAAAACUGACGAUGGACAGACGUAUAAGUUGAUUAUUAACACUGCCACAACUGAAUUGGACGGUAAAUACAGUUGUAUCAUCAAAAACGAUUAUGGUAAAAUCGAGGAUGAGUGCAAAGUCACAGUCAAUUGUGCACCAAAGAUCAAAACAAUACUCAAGGACACAGAGGUUACAGAGGGUGAAACAUUGGUGUUGGAAGUUGAGAUCUAUGCUGUUCCUGAGCCGAAAAUCGUCUGGUACAAGGACGGUCAAGAGGUUCAGACAAAUGCUCGCAUUAAAAUAACCAGAGAUUGUGCUCGGUCAGAAACCUACAAUUUAACAUUGAAUCUUAUCAAACGAGAUGAAGCUGGUGACUACGAAGUGAAAGCAUCCAACACUAUGGGAACUGCCAGUACCAAGUCACAUGUUACCGUAAUAACCAAAGAUUCACUAACAAAAUUGACGAAAGAAGAGAUUAGUGUUGAUGCAGAUCAAUUAAAGGCUAAAACAGCUGAUGAAACUGAUCAAACACAAAAGCUUCAAACAGGAGUCGCAGACGGGCAUGAAGGAACUAGCCCUUUGGAUAAACAUGUUAUCAGUCAGUGUACGAAAAUUGGAGAAAAUGGCGAAACAAUUAUGAUAUCAGUUAGCACUGAGGAGAGUCACGAGGCCACCAUUACAGGUCCUGAUGAAUCCCAUACCAUUCAUAAAAUUCGUGCUACCACAGUCAUAUUUGAGGAAGAUAGUUCAUUUGACGAACCAGUUAUUGCGAACAUAGUCUUACCGAAUCGACCACAUGCAACCACAUUACAAGUAGAAGAGGUCGGCAGCUAUAAAUUCGAAACGAACGAACAAUCCGUUUCCUAUCAAGUUGUUGACGGUAGUGGCGAUGGGCGUCUCAUGCAGGGAAUUAUCGACGAAAUAGAUUCUGAUACCGACCAUAGCCAUACGCAAAAAAGAGGCGCUGCAAGAAAUAUAUCGAUCGUGUCGGCGUCUGAAGAUGAUUGUAGUGUUGGAUAUGCGAGAGACGUUUCUGUCGACGAAUUUCAAAAGGAUAUUCAAUUUGAGGAUGGCUAUGCGAAUGUGAAAAUUAAAAGAACCGUCGUAGAAGAAGAGGAAAUGUAUGUGGGUGAGAUUGAUGAGCCUAACGAUGCGAAUAGAAAGAGCAAAUUGUAUGAAGUUAAGGAGAGCGUUGAUGACGAAGUCGAGGAUCCUCAACCAAUGAAAGUGAAAGUAUCAGAUAUUUCGAAUGGACAAGGCAAACCUAAUGCAAAAGCCGUGCUAUGUGAUGUAGAAGAGAAGGAGGAACAUUCCAGCCUAAGUGCAGAAGAAGCGAAGCAGUUACGAAUUAAAGAAAUUAGAGCCAAGGCUCGUAAAGCCUCCAUUGUAAGUAAGGAAGAUAUGACGACAAACAGUGUAGAUGAAAAUCGCAAAACGGCUGAAGUCACCGACCAGCCAAAGUCGCAAGCGAAAAAUGCCAACUUAUUGAAUCAUGAACAUGCCGACGAAUGCGACUCGAUCGAUGGUGGAAAUACGCCAAAACGCGGACAAACUAAAAAUUUGGAGGAACAGAAUAGCCCACAGAAAGGGAAAGAACGACAAAUUUGCGAAGUAGAAUUAGACGAUGACUUCGAAAAUUUGAUGAAACGAGCUCAACGACAGAGGAACAUACUAAACGAUAUUUUAGAUAAGGAACAUGGUAUUGCCUCUGAAGAAGAGAUGUUGCAUACAUCGAAUGUAAUCGAAAAUGUUGACGAAACCGAUAGUCAUCCAGCAUUACCGGAAAUUUCAACCGGUGACAUUAAGGACAAACAUCAAUACGAAUCCUGUCCCAUAUCAUUUGAAGUGGUUGCUCAAGGCAUACCAAAACCGGAAGCUCAGUGGUUGCACAAUGGACAACCAAUGAAAGCGGAUAGUCGAGUGAAAAUUGUCGAGGAUGGCAACAAAUAUAAAUUGGACAUAACGGAAGUAAAGCUUGGAGAUGAGGGUGAAUACAAGGUCAUCAUCAAGAAUAAACUCGGUGAAAAGGCUCAACAGGCUGUUCUGAGUGUUUCACCUGUAGCUGAAUACCGCAAGCCAAUAAUAAAGAAACCAUUGCACGAUGCUCAAUCACCGAAGGGUGAUAAAUUUGCGCUUGAACUAGUGCUUACUGCUGAUCCAUUGCCAGAGAUCACCUGGUAUAAGGACAACAAGGAAUUAGUCGAGGACGGUGGUGUACAAAUUAAGAAGGAGGUCAAAGAGCUCGAACACGGCCUCAAAGAAAUCAAAUACUUUUUGUAUUUCCCUGCCGGACGUCACUGUGACACUGGUAACUAUCAAUUCAAGGCGAAAAAUAAAUACGGAUCGGCUGAAUCGAGUGCCAGACUGGAUAUAUUGCUCAAGCCCGAGAUUGAAAAUUUCAAAGAUCAAACGUCUGUUCCGAAUCAAACGGUUGUCUUUGAAGCUACUGUUCAUGCCAAUCCGAAACCAAAAGUUACCUGGACGAAGAGUGGUAAAAAUGUGUGCAACAACGAUAACUGUGAAGUUAUUGCUGAUGUGGACAAGGAACUGUAUACUUUGAUUGUUACUAACGUUGGUCUUGAAGACGAUGGUGUGUACACUUUAACGGCAUCAAACAGUGUUGGAGAAACUGUUGCCACCGCGAAACUAUCCUGUCAUACUGAGAAGCCGCACUUCCUAAAAGCCCCACAAGAUUUGGUUAUACACGAUUACGCUGAGUUCGAGACAAAAGUUCGAGCUGAAGGCAUACCAAAGCCAACGUUGCACUGGAUUAAAAAUGGAAAGCAAGUUAAAAUUGACGAACCUGGAUUUAAUGUCAGUUUUGGUAGUGCUUCUGACACACAAGUCACUAGUGACUUUAGCAUCGAACAUUUCAGUCCGAAGGAUGCUGGAGAAUACGCUGCUGUUGCUACGAAUAUCGUUGGAGCGACUGAAGCUAAAUUCAAACUCUCGUUGCUUCAAUCAUCUCCUACCUUUAUCAAAAAAUUGGAUAAAGCAGCUGAGGUUGGACAGAACGAGAAGCUUGAACUGAAAUGCAUGGUUGAUGGAAGUCCCUUACCAACCGCAAAAUGGUUCAAGGACGGUAAAGAAAUUAAGCCUUCGGAUCAUAUUCAAAUGAACCAAACUCCAGAUGGACUCAUCAAAUUAGAAAUUGAACAUGCCAAGCCAGCUGACUGUGGCGCAUAUAAGUUGGUAAUAUCGAAUCCGAAUGGUGAUGUAUCCGCUCUAUGCGCAGUGGCUGUGAAACCGGAACCAAUGAAGCCUGCCUUUGUUAAGCCAAUCAAAGACCUUAAAGUGGUUAUCGGUCAGCCAAUGCUUCUGGAAGCACAAAUCGUUGGAUUCCCAUCUCCUGAAAUUAAAUGGUUCAAAGACGGCGUAGCGCUACGACCAUCGAAAGCUUUCAAUUUUAUUAAUCAACCUGAAGGUUUGAUUGGUUUGAGCAUCGACGCAUGCCGAGCAGAAGAUGCUGGAACAUAUUCGGUUGCAAUCGUCAAUAGAUUGGGAGAACUUUCUGGUACAGCUAAAGUGGAAGUAGAACCAAAAGAGAAGAAACCGGCUUUCGUUGCCGAUUUGCAAAAUACUCAGGUUGUUGAAGGUUUCCCGGUUAAAAUGGAAGUUAAGCUCAUUGGACACCCACCGCCAAAACUUAAGUGGCUCCACAACGGAGAAGAAAUUAAACCAGAUGGACAACAUGCCAGAAUCACACAAAAUCCUGAUGGCACAGCAUGUCUGAUCAUCGACAAGGCGGCACCGUCUGACUGCGGAGAGUAUCAAGUUAUUGCAACGAAUGAAACGGGUGGUGUAUCCUCAAACGCAAAAUUAUCGGUUGCACCUCGAACCAACGACAGUGCCCCGGAGGAGGCGCCAAAGUUUUCGAGUGCCUUGCGCGACGCAAAUGCUGAUGAAGGCAAAGAAUUGGUGAUAUCCGCACCAUUCAUGAGCAAUCCAGUUCCAGAAAUUUACUGGACAAAGGACGGUGAACCAAUCGUUCCAAGUGAUCGUGUUAUGAUGACUUGUGACGGUAAGAAAGUUGGAUUGGUCAUCUGCCCAGCUGAGGUCACCGACUCUGGCGCCUAUGCAUGCCUUUUGGCAAAUCCACUCGGCGAAGACACGUCCAAAUGCAAUGCAAACGUUCGAAAGGUUUACCAGAAACCACAUUUCUCGUUGAAAUUGUCGGACAUACCAGCGAUUAGGGGUCUUGACGCUAAGCUUCCGGUUCGUGUAAGCGGUGUUCCGUUCCCGGAGAUUUCUUGGUUCCACAACAACAAUCCAAUUAAGAAUGACCAAAAGUAUAGCAUUCGUCACGACGGCGAUAACAGCAUUUUGCACAUCAAAAACUGUGCUCCCGAAGAUGCUGGAGCUUAUAAAUGCGUUGCUCGCAACAAGGAAGGCGAAGACACUACAAUGGGACACGUUGACAUUGUCGACAAAAUUGAUAGGAAUCCCAAAGCCGAGGCACCAUCCUUCCUCAAAAAGAUUGGCGACACAGAAGUCUACGAAGGAAUGAAAGCCAAAUUCACCGCUUGUGCAACUGGGUUCCCCGAACCAGAGGUUGAAUGGUUCAAGGAUGGAAACAGACUGUAUCCCAACGACCGUGUUCGCAUUGAUAUUGAACCAAAUGGACUGCUUCGUCUAACAAUUAGCGAUAUAACACCUGAUGAUGUCGGCAAAUACUCGUGCAGAAUCUUCAAUCAGCAUGGUGAUGACACCUGCUACGCUGACCUUGUUUACGACACUUUCGAACCAAGGAAGAAUAAGCCUCUUGGAGACCAAUACAGCGAAUACGAUAAACAUAAGAAGACUGGUGCUCCUACUCCACUGUCAGAUCGUCCAAUAAUUUGUCGCAUGACAGAUAAACGAUUGACUCUAUCAUGGAAACCGUCAGUUCCAGUCGGACCACGAUUCCCGGUUACUUAUCAGGUUGAAAUGCUUGAUCUGCCAGAAGGUGAUUGGGUCACUGUUCGCACCGGACUUAGGAGUUGUGCUUGCGAUAUCCGCAAUUUGGAACCAUUCAAGGACUACCGUUUCAGAGUAAGAGUGGAAAACAAAUACGGCGUAAGCGAUCCGAGUCCAUACGUUCAGACAUAUCGUCAAAAAUUAGAACCAACUCUACCGACGGUCUAUCCUUAUUUGGACUCUAGCAUUGACUUUAGACCGGAAACAUCGCCAUACUUCCCGAAAGAUUUCGAUAUUGAGAAACCACCGCAUGAUGGAUAUUCACAAGCUCCACAAUUCCUGCGGCGCGAACAAGAUGUCACUUACGGCACGAAAAAUCACAAUGUUGACUUGAUGUGGUUCGUCUAUGGUUAUCCGAAACCAACGAUGACUUACUACUUUAAUGAUCAAGUCAUCGAACCAGGCGGUCGGUUCAGCUUCAGUUACACACGCAAUGGACAAGCCACAUUGUUCGUCAAUAAAAUGCUCGAACGCGAUGUUGGUUACUAUGAUGCUGUGGCAUCUAAUGAACACGGAGAGGCACGUCAACGCGUUCGUCUUGAAAUCGCUGAAUAUCCACGCUUCCUUAAACGACCGAACGAAACGUAUAUCAUGGCAAAUCGUAAUGGUCGCCUCGAAGCUCGUGUCAUCGGUGUUCCAGAUCCACAAAUUCGUUGGUUUAAGGACUGGCAACCGAUAGCCGACAGUGCUCGCAUCAAAAUCAGUCAAUACGAUCCGGAUAUCUUCGUUCUAUCCAUCAACGAUGCUAUUUCAAAGGAUUCUGGAUUGUAUUCGUGCAGUGCUAGUAACGUAGCUGGUUCGGUUAGUACAUCGGCUAUGGUACAUAUCGAAGAAAGUGAAGACCAAUAUGUCUAUCACACGCACGCUCGCAAUCCGUAUAUCAGAUCGAAACAACGACACUACGACGAAAUGUACGAUAUCGGCGAUGAAUUGGGCCGUGGAACACAGGGUGUUACUUAUCAUGCUGUAGAACGUUCAACUGGUCGCAACUUCGCGGCUAAGAUUAUGCACGGAAGGAAUGACGUGCGUCCAUUCAUGAACAAUGAACUGGAGAUUAUGAACCACUUGAAUCAUAGAAAAUUGAUUAGAUUACACGAUGCGUACGACAGUGAUCGCUGGAUGACACUGAUUACGGAAAUUGCAGCUGGUGGUGAGUUGGUUCGGGAUAAUAUCUUGAAACGUGACUACUACAAUGAGCGAGAAAUUGCGAUCUACGUUCACCAAAUCCUGUUGGGCUUGGAUCAUAUGCACGAGUAUGGCAUCGGGCACAUGGGCCUGACAAUAAAAGACUUGCUAAUCUCACAUGUUGGAAGUGAUGAUCUGAAAAUAUGCGAUUUCGGCCUGGCUCGUCGUAUCCAUCAAUCGAAUUUAACAACAUUGGACUAUGGUAUGCCGGAAUUCGUGGCACCUGAAGUGGUUAAUCGUGAGGGUGUCGGAUUCCAUCAAGACAUGUGGUCAGUUGGUAUUAUCACCUACAUUCUGUUGGGUGGAUCCAGUCCAUUUAGAGGCAAUAAUGACAAGGAGACUUUGAUGAGAAUUCAGGAAGGUCGCUGGGAAUUCAGAGAAUCAAUUUGGACGAAUAUUUCGGCUGAAGCUAAGGACUUUAUAACCAAGUUGUUGGUGUACACACCAUCGUCGAGAAUGGAUGUCAGGACGGCGCUAAGACAUCCGUGGUUCAAUAUAAUCGAACGUAAACAUGAAGAUUAUUACCAAAUUACCACUGAUCGACUACGCAACUAUUACAACUUGUAUCGCGAUUGGUAUACAAAUGCGUCUUGCCGUAACUACUACAGAAGACGUCCACUUCAGGGCGCGUUCACUCAUCCAUCGAAAAUGGUUUACCCACCAGGUGAAUUCUAUACACCUGAACCAACACCGGAACCUGCCAGAGAUCCACGAAAACGCGGUAACUGGGAAGACAAAGUUAACCGUUUCCAUCAUCCAGAUUACGAACUUGGAUUGAUUUCUUCAGAGAGUCACUACCAAUACGGUCCAGACACUUAUCUGCUACAGUUACGUGACACCAACUUCCCGGUUCGGUUGCGAGAAUAUGUGAAAGUCGCCAACAGACGCUCACCAGCCUUUGCACUAAAUGAGAACAGUGUCGAUUACAGCCUUCCAAUCAUAAGGGAACGUCGUCGUUUCACUGACAUUAUGGAUGAAGAAAUUGACGAUGAGCGCAAGAGUCGCAUCAGUCAAUAUGGCGUAAAUGAUAGCUACACUAUUCGUCGUCUGCGCACUGAAUUGGGCACACGUCUAGACAGCUAUAACGAGGCCGAAGCGAUGAUCGAAACACAUCGUGAAGGAUAUCCACCGUUCUUCCGCGAAAAGCCACAAACUCUUGCCAUUACCGAUGGCGAAGUGGCUCAGCUGGUUUGCUUUGCGGUUGGAGAUCCUACGCCUGCCGUGCAAUGGUUCAAGAACGAUAUGGUUCUGAUCGAAAACAAAAAGAUUAAGAUCACAACCGACGAAGACGGUCGUUCCAUCGUUAAAUUCGAUCCAGCCAGUCGAUAUGAUGUUGGUAUCUACAAAGCAGUAGCCCGGAAUAAGAUUGGUCAAACAGUAGCCCGUGCUAGAGUCGUUUGCGCCGAAUUACCCGAUGCACCCGACUCACCGGAAGCGAUGAAAAUCAGCGACUCUGAAGUUCUAUUGAAAUGGAAGCAACCGCGUUCUGAUGGUCAUAGUCCAGUUAUUUGCUAUAGCUUACAGUACAAGAAAGCUAGUUCGUCCGAAUGGAUUGACGUCGCAGAUAACAUUGAUCAUGAAUUCUAUUUGGUGCGCGAUCUUGAAGAGAAGACCAACUAUCAAUUUAGACUGGGAUCAAGGAAUCGCAUAGGCUGGAGCGAUAUGGGAAUACCACGACCAAUUACAACUGAAGUAGCCGGUGUACCAAAGAUUCAGAUGACGAAAGCCAUGCAACAUUUACAACAACUCACCGAAUCCGGUCAACAAGUUUCCGUGGAUGAACGAUCGCACAAUGAAAUCGACUACCAUUUAGAGCGACAGACGUUUGAUUGGUCCCACGAACCAAAGUUACAAGAUCGUUACAGCUUCAUAUCGGAAAUCAGCCGUGGUAAAUUUGCAAUUGUUGUCAAAGCAGUGGAGAAGGCAACGGAUCGAGUUGUUGUUGCCAAAGUCUUUGAUCUGAACGCAGGCACUGAAGACGCUGUACAGCGUGAAUUUGAAACCUUUAGAACUUUACGACAAGAACGAAUCCCGGCUUUAUUGGCUGCCUUUAAACCACCAAAUUUACCAGUAGCCGUGCUCAUCCAAGAAAAACUCCAAGGAGCCGAUGUUUUGUCAUACUUUAGCAGCCGUCACGAAUACAACGAACAACAUGUAUGCACAGUAAUCGCACAGACUUUAGAUGCCCUGCAAUAUCUACACUGGCGAGGAUUCUGCCAUUUGAACAUUCAGCCCGACAAUAUCGUAAUGGCGUCCGUACGCUCGUUACAAAUCAAAUUGGUCGACUACGGCAUGGCAGAAAAAGUAUCUAAAGUUGGCACCAGAGUGCCAGGAUGUGGAUGGUUGGACAGCACAGCACCAGAAAUAGUAAACGAUGAACCGGCGUAUCCUCAAACAGAUAUCUGGUCAGUGGGAGUGUUAACCUAUUUGCUACUAUCCGGAACAAGUCCGUUCCGUGGCGUGGAUGAAGCUGAAACAAAAAUGAAUAUUUCCUUUGUACGAUACCGGUUCGACCACUUGUUCAAGGAAAUUACACCAGAAGCCACUAGAUUUAUAAUGUUCAUCUUUAAGCGAGCACCGACGAAACGACCAUACAGCGAAGAAUGUCAUGAACACAGAUGGCUCAUAUCGUCCGAUUAUAUGAUUAAGAAACGAGAACGAGCAGUGUUUUUGGGUAACCGUCUGAAGGAAUUCUCUGAAGCCUAUCACUCAACAAAAGCUGCUGAAGCCACAAUAUCCGACAAUAUUGCCAGUUCCUUAAUAAGUGGUCCGAAUCCUAGACAGUUGUUGAGAUCGAACAGCAUCCAGGAAGAGCUGUUGACGAAUUUUUAA